UAAUUGAAAUAUUAUUAUGAGCUUCAGCAAAUCUCAUUACAAUAAUUUGGUAAAAAGCAUUAAAACCAUGACCGGUGAAUUUUGUGCUUACUUGUAAUUGUAAGCGUAGUGUGUCACUUUAUUCGUAUAGGAUUUAAAAGAUCCUUUCCAAGACAGCGCCUCAUAGUUUCGUUUCCAUAUACCGACAUCACCACAUGUUUUGAUGAAGUAUUAUGGCCGGCACUUAUAAAAAUUAUUUGAAACUACUGGAAGCUUGGCCUGUAGAUAAGUAUAAACCUGGAAGAGAUUUGGGGGAGUACAUUAGAGAUCGAAUAAAAUUAGAAUUUUCUACUAAUAAAGUACGAAGUCAAGCUGAAAAAGAAGAGUGUGAUCGUAACUACGUAAGUCUUAAAAAAAUAUCAUCAAAUCAUUACGCAAAGUUAUAUCCUCGAAAGCUUAAUAGUUCAGGAACUGGUUUAAGUUACGAACAGUGUAGUUGCAUUCUAAGCCCUGAAAUAUUAGAGAAUUACCAGAGACAAAAACGUAAUUUUUUUCAAAGAAUAUUAGACUAUGCUGCAAAACCUGAUGAUAAAAAUGAACCAAAUAAUACUAAAUAA